AUGUCUUUGGUAAAUAAACAUUUAGUACCAGAGAUAUUUAGAUUUUCAGCUAAGGUUCAAUUAGCAGAAACUAUUAGUUAUAUUUCACCAGUACCAAUUGAAAGUGUUGAUAUAUUAAUACAAUCAUGUUUAUCAUUAUUACCAAAUCAACAAUAUAAAGAUGUCCAACCAAACGACCCAUCAAUUAAAAAGAUAUUUGAUUUAAACCCAACUAUAUUAUCAACAAUGAUUAGUAUUAGAGCACAAGAAUCGGUAAUAGCGUUAGCACAUUUUUUCAAAUGCUCAAAUGGGGUAGCAGAUAAAAGAGUUAUACCAAUUUUAAAAUCAUUUUUAAUGUAUCUUACCUAUUUUGGAGGCGCCAAUAAUAGUAAUAUCAAUACAAGUAAUACUAGCAAUACCAGUAGUAGUAAUAGUGGUAGCAAUCCAAUAUUUUCACAGUCAAAUGGAUUAUCACCAAUUAGUGGAUUACAUCAAAACGAUUUACAAAAUUCACAAAGUUUUACAUAUUAUCUUUUAAAUCAAUUAUCAAUUCUUUCAAAUAUUUCAAAUGAAUUAAGAGAUGAUAUUGUUCCAACAUUUCUCCAUUUUUUUGACCAAAUUAUAAAGAAUGAACAAAAUCCAAUUAUUCUUGGAACUCUUCAAGCAUUAAGUGAUAAAAACAAUAGUUUUGAUUUCUCCCAAGAGCAAUUAUUAAAGGUUAUUGAAAACAUCGAAAAUAUCAUCGAAGCAGCCACUCAAAAGAAAACAUUAUUACUCGUUUGUCAAGCUCUCGAACAAAUAACUUAUUUACCAGCUGUUGAUCAAGAUAUUUAUAAAAGAAUUUAUAGAGAUAUUUUCCCAUAUACUUCAACAUUACCAACUGAUAAUGAAGCUUUUAUUUCAAUCAUUAAUGUUAUUGUAAGAUGUGGUAAAUUAAAUUCAAAUAUUGGAAAAGAGGUUUUAGAUUUUUUAAUUAGAUUUAUGUCAGAAAUUAAAAAUUUAACAGAUAAUGAGACUUCAGCAUCAUUAAACAAAGCAUUUAGUGAACAGCUUUAUCAAACAGUAUUAUUAUCAUUUGUGGAAAUUGCAGAUAUUUAUUCAGAUAAAACAUUAAAGGUGGUAGAUGUACUUAAAGAAUUUUUAGUCUCAUCAAAUAUAAUCAAAAAUAAUGAAGAAACUAGAAAUAAUUUAUUUAGUUGUAUUUGUACAAUUUUAAAGAACGAGUAUAAAAAAGAAAGAGGUGUUGAAGUUUGCAAAACUAUUAUAACCUCUUUAUUAAAUUCAUUACACACACAAUAUACAAAUUAUAAAAAUUCAUCAAUUUCCGAACCAUUCAACACUCCAACCUCCUCUUCAUCAACUUUAUCAAACUCCUCUUCAAAAUCACCACCUUUGUAUUCAAACCCAACUUUAUUUUCACUUUCAAAUAUAAUUAUUGUUUUGGGUAAAAUUACAUGUACAUUAAAUGAUCCAAUGAUUAUUGAAAUUAUAUUACAAAAUUUUAUGAGCAGAGUUUCUAGUUUUUAUCCACCAAGCCAAAUUGAAAAUUUAAUAAUAUUCCAAUUAACAGAUAUUGCAUUGUUAGAACAUCAAAAUGUUACCAAGGAUAUUGUUGUUUUGAUUACAAAUUUAUUUAAAAAGAUUUGUAAAGACCCAAAUCAAGGUUUAAUCAGUAACAUCACCGAUAAAGCAUUAGAAAAACUUGCCAAACAUCUUACCAAUGAAGAAUUACGUUUAGAUCUUUGUAGAAGAGUUUUGAAAUUGUUCCAACAAUUAGGUAAAAGUUUCAGAAGACCAGAUGGUCGAGAAGGAAAAGACAAUAGCAGCGAUCCAAAUAAUUACUAUAUUACAUCACCAAUUUUAAAGGGUAUGGGUUUCUUAUUACCAACCAUUGCCGAGUUAAUUAAAGUUAUACCAAUUAAAUUUAAUACAAAUGAUAUCCCACCAGCAGAACCUGCCAAUCCUUCAUUACCAACAUCCCCAACCAAUACCAAUAGUAACACUGCAUCAGAAAUUGAAAAUAUCUCAUCAAUUAAAUUAUAUCGUUCAGUUUGGUUUUAUUGUGUAUUCUUCAAGUUCUCAAUCCAAGGUGUUUGGAGAAGUGAUUGGUGGAAUUCAGUACAAAUUAUUGCUGCUCAUUUAUCACCAUUAAUUUCAACUAAACCACAUAUUUAUUUAGAAAUGGAAGUUGAAUUGGAUAGUAUUAUUAAGCAAGGUUUAGAAAAAGAUUACUUUUAUAACGUUAAAACUUCAUUAAUCGAAGCUCUUCCAAACCAUUCAGCCUAUAUCAAGAAUCUCAGUUUGCCACAAUUGGCCUUUAUCCAUUCAGUUUAUAUAUUAGAAACUAUGAGAUUUGCUGUAUCUGGAUCGUUUGAACCCGCUUUCUCUUAUUUGGAAGAUCAAGGUAUUGAAAAUAUUAAUGUAACUUCCAGUAUUCGUGGUAUUGUCGAUAAAGUAUUUGCAGAUUUCCUCACCGGAUAUGGUUCUAUUUCAAACUUUAUUACUAUCGAACAAGAAUUAAGCGCCCACGCAUCUUUUCUUUUAAUUAAAUUCUGUUAUCCAUACGAACCUGUUCGUAAAGCCGCUGACGAUUAUAUUUCAACCUUGGUUACUAAAUUCCCUCAGGUUCUUUGGUCAAAACAAUGCUUGUCAACUCUUUUAGAUUUAAUUGAAGCAAUUGGUAAAGGUGCUAAAGCUAAGCCAAUGGAUAUGAUCUCUGUUCAAAUGUCUCACUCUCAAAUUACUAUUGAACUUCCAGAUGAAACCCCGGUUCGUCAAAGAUUACUUUCAGAUAUUAUCGCUCUUGGUAACAUUUGGUUAAAGAGUGGUGCAAAUGCUGCUCCUUCCGAAAUUCAAGAACUCUUACAAGAAUAUAUGCAAAAAUUCAAUCAAUUAAAGAGAGAACAUAUAGGUUUAUCAUUGGCCGUCGAAAUUGGUGCUAAUGCUGAUAUCAACUCUGAUAAAUUGGUUUCUGGUAACCAUGACAAUAUUCAAGUCGCUGCAGCUUCAAAUCAAAAUGGAUCCGCUUUCCCAACCUGCUUUAAUUCAAAUGCUGCAAAUUUUGUAAACUCACUUCAAUUAAAAGCAUUAUACAGCGGUGAAAUUAAAGGUAUGAUCAAUAUGAUGGCAAUGUCUAUGGGUGUAAAUACUUGUAAUAAUAAUGGUGAUAUUGAAGACGAAGAAUUAUCAGAAGAAAUUGAAAAUAGAGCAUAUGACAGUUUAGUCAAAGAAUUUGAAAGUCUUAUUCAAUUAGCUCAUAAAAAUAGUUUACCAGUAAACAAUAUGGCAUUUAUUUCAAUUAUGUAUCGUUCAUGUGCAUUCUUAAUCAACCACUAUUUUGGUUCAAGCAUUAGAUUAAUUCAUAUGGUUUGUUAUGCCCCAGCCUAUUUCUUUACUGCUGAAUCUAUGGAAAUUGGUAUUGGUUGUUGGAAAUGGCUUUUAACCGAACGUCCAGAUCUUACAAAAUUCAUCAUGACCUCAAUUAGCGACAUUUGGGCAUGGACAGUCAACCAAAGAAUUGGUUUGUUUGCAAACAAUGAAAGAGAGCCAAGUCCAUUAGCUAUUUCUGGUCAACAACAAUCAAUGGAUCAACAACAAGUAACUGAAAUUUUAUCAGAUAAACACGAUAUCAAUAUCGAAGAACAACAACACUUUGAAAAUGAUAAAAACAAAUAUAUUAGACAAUUUAAACCACCACAAUCAAUUGAUAAAACAAGUGAUAUUCCACAUAAAAUUUGGUUAGAUUUCCUUGAAGAAAGAUAUUCAGUUGCAAAAUAUGGCUCACAAGAUCAAAUGGAUAUUAUUAUUGGUAUUCUUCAAAAAUCAAUUAUGGAUCCAGAUGGUUUAAGUGUUUCACCAAAGAGCUUAGGCUCUCGUUUCAAAUUAUUAUUACUCUGUACAAAAUUACUUCAAGGUGAUCAUAUUCAUGACCCAUUCAGUGCUCGUUUAAUGCGUGAAAGAGUUUAUUUAGCAUCUUUAACUUGGUUCUACUUACCACCAGCUUGGUAUGGCCCAGCAGAAGCAGGCAGCCAAAGCCAAUUGGAAAUUGAUACUAAAACUUUAAUCGAGUUUUGCAAAGCCCUUCAAUCCGAACCAAUUUAUCAAUUUAUGGAAAAAAGAUUCACCUUUAGUAGUAAGAAUAGCAAUAGCAGUGGUAAUAAUAUUUCCUUACAAAAUGCCAUCAAUGCUGCUGGUAAUGGAAGUGAUCGUUCAAAUAGUGUCAGCGCCCCAAUGUAUGCUUCAAUCAGAGGUAAUAAAACAAAUAGUAUCACAAUGUCAAACUCCAACUCUUUCCAUGGUAUUGAUCAAUCAAAUGGAUCGAUCACCUCUGCAUCAGGUAUUAACCAAUUAAACUCAAGUAAUAUUGGUAACACUGCCAGUGGAUAUAGUACUGCAAAUUCUACUCCAAACAAUCCAUUAAUUUAUGGAUCUGGUGGUUUCAGUAUGCAUAACUAUGGUAGUGGUAUUGGUGUAGGUAUUAGCUCAUCAAUGAUCAACGGUAGCACUGGUUAUCAACCAUCAUCAAAUCGUAGUAGUGGCCUAAAACAAAUUAAUGAAACUGGUUCAGCUACCUCCUCAUCAUUUGAUAUUAAUGGUGAUAUGGAAUAUAUUUCAAGUGGUUCAACUAGAAUGAUUGAUGUUGCUGGUAGCGGUGUUGGUACAAUGACAUCAUUAGUUGGUCAACAAAUUUCACAAACAUUACUUUUAGACUCAAUGAAACCAUUGGAAAAUAACAAACCAGCAAUGACAGAAGCUCAUCUCAUCGAAUUAAAAAAGAGAAGAAAUCUUAUUCUUUUAUUAGUUGGUAACGAAUUAGAACGUAUGUCAGCAUGGAACUCACCAGUAAGUCGAAUUUCAACACAAAUUCCAGAACAAACCAAAUUUGUUUAUGAAAAUCUUCCAAAAUCAAUGAAAUCAAAAUGGAAGGAUUAUUUAAUCUCUGCUUGGAAAAUCAAUCCAAAAUUAGCAAUCCAUUUUUCAUCAAGAUUCCCACUAUCUAAAAUUCGUAAUCUUAUUAGUGAAAUGGUAGUAAAGAAUACAAAAGCUGUACUCGAUAUUCCAGAAGCUCUUCCAUUUUUAGUUACCGAAGAAAAUGUAAAAGCUAAUAUUCCAGAAUUAAAAUACCUUUUAUAUUGGGAAACCGUUACACCACCAAUGGCUAUCUCUCUUUUAGGUAAAUCCUAUCACUCUCACCCAUUGGUUUCACAAUAUGCAUGUCGUGUACUUCGUUCAUUCCCACCUGAAACCAUUAUGUUUUACAUUCCCCAAUUAGUACAAGCUCUUCGUUAUGAUAGAUCUGGUCAAGUUGAAAACUAUUUAGUAUCAGCCUCAAAAACUUCAGAAUUAUUAGCACAUCAAAUUAUUUGGAACAUUCAAACCUACACUGAGCCAGAUCCAAAUGGUAGAAUUAUAUUAGAUGACCCACUUAUUCAAUCAGUUUCAAAACGUCUUAAAGAUCGUGUUAUUGAUGAAAUGCAAGACUCUGAAAAGAUUUAUAAUAACUAUAAAGAAGAAUUUGCUUUCUUUGAAUCAUUUACCGCUAUUUCAGGUCGUCUUUUACAGUUAAAAGAUCCAUCAAAGAGAAAAGGUCAAUUAAAAGAUGAGUUAAGAAUGUUAACAGUAAACAACAAUGGCUCACCACUAUACAUGCCAACAAAUCCAAAAUCAUUAGUUGUUGGUUUAGAAGUUGAUAGUGCUAUGACCCUUCAAUCUGCUGCCAAAGUACCAAUUUUAGUAAACUUUAAAGUCGUUGAAAGAGCAUUACCAACUCCAACAAGUAAUUUAUCCCAUGUUAGAUCACCACCACCAAGUGGCUCACCACCAAUUGAAAAUACCUCACAUGUUGAUCCAAUAGGAGGAUCAGCAACCAGUAGCAUUGGUAGCAACCAAUUAACAAUACCAAACAAUAAGAAUCAUAAGAACCAUUUAGCAAACUCUUCAUCAAUACUUAGAGAAUCAAGUAGGGCUCUUAGAAAGAAUAUUUCUAAAAAAGUUACUCAAGACCAACCAAGCCAGUCCAACAUAGUUCAUAUCCAAGGUUGUAUCUUUAAAUCUGGUGAUGAUAUUAGACAAGAUAUGUUAGCCCUUCAAAUUAUUGAUAUCUUUAAGCGUAUUUUCAAGAGUGUAGGUUUAGAUCUAUAUUUAUUCCCAUACAAAGCUAUUGCAACCAAGCCAGGUUGUGGUAUGAUUGAAUUGGUACCCAACACAAUGUCCAGAGAUCAAAUUGGUAAAAAGGUUAAUGGUAAUCUUUACAAUUACUUUAUUUCAAAAUAUGGUAAUAAAAAUUCAAUUGGCUUCCAAAAUGCACGUAGAAACUUCAUAAAAUCAAUGGCCGCCUACUCUGUUGUCAGUUAUAUCCUUCAAAUUAAAGAUCGUCACAAUGCUAACAUUUUAGUAGAUGAAGAGGGUCAUAUUGUUCACAUCGAUUUUGGUUUCAUAUUUGAUAUCUCUCCAGGUGGUGAUAUGAUUACUUUUGAAGCCUCUCCAUUCAAAAUGAAUCAAGAGAUGAUUGAUAUUAUGGGUGGAAAACCAAAUGCAGAACAAUUUGUUUGGUUCAUGGAGCAAAGUGUAAGAGCAUUUUUAGCAGCACGUCAACAUAUGGACUCAAUUAUUACUUUAGUAGAAUUAAUGUUAGAUACCAAAUUACCAUGUUUCAAAGAUCAAACUAUUCAUAAUCUUCGUCAAAGAUUUUGUCCAAAUAAGAGCGAAACCUAUGCCGCCAAGUUUAUGAGCAAAAUUGUUUUAGAUUCGUUCUCUACAAUCAGCACUUUUUCAACUUAUUUCUAUGAUGUUUUCCAAUAUUAUGAUAAUGGUAUCGAAAUGUAA